CUCCGGCGUCAACAGUUUAACAAAAAAAUGCUAUAAUAUUUGAUAAUUAAAAGGGAAAAUAUAUUUUCCAUUAUAACAAUGCGUACCGACGUCGAGAAAGAAGCAGGCUCGACGCUCCUGAAAAAAUAUGGCCAGUUCUUCAAGCAGCAAUAUCAAGAUUGUAUAUCAAUGUCUAACAAUGAAUACUGGGAAGAAAAUAAAACAUUUUUACCCGUGCAAGUGGUUAUGGAGUCGUGUGAACUCGUUCCUAUUACAGAAUUGGUUUCAUCAGAUAACACUUUAAUGACAAAAGUGCUCAGUGUCCUUUCUUCACUUUGUAUUGAAGUGAUGACCUUAAAACGGGAGGCAUAUGAAAGGCAUUUUAUAUUCCUGGCUGCUUAUGAUGAAUACAGCAAAAGUGACAUCAGUUCACAAAUGGAAGCAAUAUGCCAGCUAAGUGCCUUCACAAGCCGCUGUGAAGACACAUUGAAGAACCUCUGCACACAGGCCUUUGCUUUAUUUACUGAGAACAUAAUCAACCUAUCAAAGAUCCAGCUCCACUACAUAAUCAAUCACAUAGGAGAGGUGUUCACUACUGUUGUUCUUUUGGAGAUCUUGAUCUCCAGUUCAUCUUUGACCAGGAAUUGGCACAACUAUUGCAAACGGCUAAAAUGCUUGAAGCAGAGCGCAGAAACUGUGGACUUGGCUGAUGACAAGUUUAUUGCAGUAUUGGGAGCUAUUGAUAACAUAACGGCUAAAGUUAUGAGUGAUGAUAUUGUGCAGAACUCCCUAAACAGCCUGCUUGGUCUAAGAAAGACCUUGAUAGACAGGAAUUGCUCAAUGAUUGCUGACCAAUUCAGUCAUUAUCUGAGACAUGCCAUAGCCAGCCUUGACAAGCUAGUGCAGGACAAGCCCAAUGUCAGCAGUAUGAACAAGUGUAUUAAAAUUAAUGCACUUUUUGUAUUGAAUUCACACUUGUUUGGAAAUAAUGACAAGAAGAAUUUCAAGGCUCUCAUGGAACUCAACACUAAGGCACAUAGCAUACCUAUUGUUGGAACUACAGUUUGGUUCCCAGAACAAUUUCUCCAAAGAUAUUUAUCAUCACUUUGUGCAAGCCAUGGAAAGUUGUCCCAGACAAUGCUUAAAGCCCGGCAAGCAUAUAUGAGUAGCAAAAAGUCCUCCCUCGCUCGAGAUGUUACUACUCUACAGGCAGUGUGCACGCAGUGGGUACUCAACAUGGAGGAUAUCUAUUCGUCUAGUCAUCGAGAGUUAGGAGCGGCAGAAAUGAAUGUACACUCCAAGACCCUUUUAGAUGGACUUGAUUUGGCUUCAAAUAUAAACUAUUCAAUCUUAACAUUAAUCAAUCUACACCUAUGUUUAGGAGUACCUCUAUCAAAAAGCGUACUGAAGUCAUUGUUUGAGGUAACAGAGGUACUCAAGAGUAUAAAAAACGCAGUCAGCCGAAAUCACGAUCAGAUAUUGAACUCUGUAAACAUGGUUAUCCAACACCUGACAUUUCAAGCGACAUGUUCCGUUCUAGAAGUGAAAAAGACAUUGAUGGGUGACAAGAACUAUGCAAAUAAGAGACUAGAUGACUUGACAUGCAUUGUUAUUGCAGAAAGAGCCCUCAAGGGGACAGUCACGUUGGAACGUAACAUUGCUGCCAACAUAGCUCUAAGUUUUAUCCCAGAAAGCAUUUAUCUCGACGAUAGCUACGAAAAACUUGGGUUACUACUUGAAAAAAUACAAUCACUGGCAAACUUUAUGAAGGUAAUGGAAGACUUAUGUAAUUGCUCGUGGGUAGUUUGGCACCAAAAUGUCAUACCUAUUUAUUUUGAACAGAAUUUCACCAUCCAAUUGAAUGUCUUGAAAUUGAAAUACUUUUUAAUGGUAUUGGAGGACUGUGUGGUGUUUUUACAUAAAAUUGAUAAACAGUUUAGAGAAGACAAAGCCAAUGAGUUGCUUGACAAUGUCAAAGUUCUAAUAACAGAAAAUGUUCUGAGGACUACAAAUCAAAACAUAGAAACUAACUUACGACUACACAUUCACUCCCACUUGCAACUUGAUGUCAUCAAUCCGUUUACAACAGAUAUGACAAAAAAGUUGCUGCUAGUUAUUGAUAGAUUUAGAGUCCAGUGCGUCUACAUGGCAGUCAUACCAUCGCUAGAACAUUACUUGUCCACAAUGUAUUACAAUUUAACUACUGUUGUUUUAUCAGACUGGAAAACCUAUGGGGAAAUGAGACAAAUGGCUAAAUUCAAAUUUAACCUAACUACAGUUCAAGACAACCUGCCCACGCAGACGCUAGAACAAGGUUUAGAUGUUCUAGAAAUCAUGCGCAACAUACACAUAUUUGUGUCCAAAUACCUGUACAAUCUCAACAACCAGAUAUUUAUAGAAAAGAGCAGUAAUAACAAACAUUUGAAUUCAAUAAAUAUCAAACACAUAGCCAACUCUAUAAGGACCCAUGGCACCGGUAUAAUGAACACCACAGUCAAUUUUACAUACCAAUUUUUAAAAAAGAAAUUCUUCACCUUUUCCCAAUUUAUGUACGACGAGCACAUAAAAUCGCGACUCAUCAAGGACUUGAGAAACUUUAAGGAAAUUGCAGAUACCAACGGAAACAUGUAUCCAUACAAGAGUGCAGAAAAGUUUAACAAGGGUAUAAAAGUGUUGGGACUCGCAGAAAACGGCGAGAGUUACUUGGACCUGUUCAGAGACCUGAUCAGUCAGAUAGGCAAUGCUAUGGGUUACGUUCGAAUGAUUCGAUCUGGUGGAAGACACUGUUGUGCAGAUGCCACUGCGUUCUUACCUUCCCUAGAGCCUACAAAGUCAUUUAAAGAAUUAGCAGAAGAAAGUGGUGUAGAUGCUAAAGUUAUUCAGGCAUCUCAAGUGUUGGAGAGCAAUAUCAAUUGCUUAAUAAGCAAUUUCAUUCAAGGAACCGAAUACUUUAAAUUGCUUCUGGAUGUAUUUGCGCCAGUUUUCAGAAACCCCAAAAAUGUUCAUCUAAAGAAUUUCUACAUCAUUGUGCCCCCACUGACUCUGAAUUUUGUAGAACACAUGAUUUUGUCAAAGGACAAGAUUUCAAAGAGGAAUAAGGUCGGAGCUGCAUUUACAGAUGACGGAUUUGCUAUGGGUAUAGCAUACAUACUCAAAUUACUUGAUCAGGACCAAAGUUUUGAGGCGCUUCAUUGGUUUGAUUCUGUAUGGAAACACAUAAAAGACGAAAGGAAAGUCCUGGAGGAUCAAAAGGCUAAGGGAUCAGUACAACUACAGCAGGCACUGGCACUCACUGAGAAAAAGAUCAAGACUUUGGAAGAAGAAUAUAAACUUCUCUAUUAUAGCCUAACAAGUGCUAGAAUAUUUUUCAGGUAGGUGGGUGUU